UUACGGCACUUGUCACUUCGCGUGCAAGAAAGAGAGAGAGAGAGAGAGAAAGCACGCGCUUGUCUCUUUAUCACGAAUGCGGAGAAACAACAACAAAAUAGAAGACCGGGAGGAGUAGGAGAAACGAGGAACGUGAUUAAUCGCUUAAGCGGAUUCCGAAGUAAAUAUGUGUCAGUAAGAGAAGAAGAACGAAGGAGACGCUUGUUCUUUCGAUCGUCAUACGUACACAUAUAUACGAAGAAGACCCCCCGAUUAGGUCUCGAAUCCUUCCCGAUCUCUCGGUAUUAUGUCAGCGUUCUUGGAUCCACGUUAACGUUCAAACACGUGCGACACGAUGGCAGGUGCUAAGGAGGAGAAUCAAGUUGUGCUGAGUUACCACGACAGUCUGCUCCGACUGUCGGACGUGAACUUGCUGAAGGGCACUCAUUGGCUGAACGACGCCGUAAUAGGGUUUUAUUACGAGUACCUGACCCAACAGCACGAGAAGGACGGUAACGCACGGUUUCUGUUUACGAAUCCCUCGUUGACUCAGCUGCUGAGAAUGGAGGAGUCUCCGAAUUACUGCGCAUUCCUCGACUCCGUGGACGCGAAGAACUACGACUUCGUGUUCUUCCCCCUGAACAAUUGCGACAGUUUGGUGUCGCCAGGCGGCACACACUGGAGCUUGCUGGUGUACUCUCGCGCCGAUCAGAUGUGCUACCACUACGACUCGUCAAACGAUUACAUCAACAGUUUCAUCGCCUUCGAAUUCACGACGAACUUGAUCAAAUACUUCCUCGGCCAGUCCAGGAACAGGUACAAAGAGGUGAUCACGCCGCCGCAGAACAACGGCCACGAUUGCGGCCUGCACGUCUUGUGCCUGACGGAUAUGAUAUCCAGGCACAUUCUGAGGACUUCCAAGAUAAGCAACUGCGAUUUCGGGGCCAUUCUGGAAAUGGUCCAAAACAAGCGUACGCAGCUGUUGAAUCUGAUCGAGACUAUAAAGAGUACGUGUUCCGUCGAUAAUGAAUAAAAGGCGCCGUCGCGGUAUUCCCGCGUUGAUCCAUGUGUACUUCGCCGUGCAUUAGCGACUCCUGUUACCUUGCGUCACGAGCAUAUUGUUUCCGAUUGGUCGGGUAAUCAAACGGAGGUACGUGUGAUCUGCGUAUACGUAUUUAAUAAUAUGUAAAUAACUGCACACACACACACACACACACACACACAUAUAUUUAUAUAUAUAUA